UCCCACUUCUCCACUCUCUCUCCCCAAACACUAAUUUUUCUCUUUCACUUUCCCAUCUCAUCUGUUUUUUAUUCUAUAUCUGAGUUUUGCGAGAUAGAAACUCAAAAGAGAUCAAGUUUGGUCUCUUCCAUGGCGGAUAUAGCAAAGUACACGCCUAUCAAUGGAGGAACUACGACUGCAGUCACGGCAGAGUUUAAUUAUCUGUUUUCAAUCAUCAAAACAAGGAGAACAGUGGCUUUCUUCAUGUUUGCCUUCGUCGGUUUUACUGUUUUCUUAGCUUUUAGCCCUUCUUCUAACUCUUCUUCUCCUUGGGUCACCAACAUCUUUUCAUCAACUUCCUCUCCAGCUACUUCAUCUGCUGGCUCUUACAGAUCUCAAUCAUUUUCCCUCUUCGAUUACUUCUUUCCCAACACCUCUUCUUCACGAACUCUUAACAUCACUUCUCCUUCUCCAUCUCCAUCUCCGUCUUCUUCUAAUAGCAACACCAGAUCUAAUAACACUGCAACUCAAGUAGCCAACAAUCCAAGUGAGGACCUACUUUCUGCCAAAAAAACCAACAAAACCCAAUCUUUCAACAUAAAUAAACAACGCCCCAGCUCCGAAAAUACAACUUUUAGGUCUCCCUACAGUGGUUUAAACAACACCAAAAGUUCAGUUUUGCAUGCAAAUCAGACCACAGUUUCUCCUCCUCCUAACUUGAAUCAAAAUCCUCCAAGUACAAAUAACCAGACUGGAAAGAAAGAGAAUUCUGAUAAAGCUCAAGUUCUGAAAUCUAAUCAGACAACAACGGUCACAGAGAAAACCCUGGAGGCAGCUAAUCGGAGCACCAAUUCUCCAGCUAAAUCUGAAUCUUCCAACAAGUUAAGUUCUGGGAAGGGAGAGAAAAUCGUAGGGCAAAAGGGUGUGGUGUCGAACUACUCAGCUUCCCUAACAAACAAACCAAGCAAUGGAAGUGAUUCAGGGUUGACAGCUAAACAGGAAAUUGAUAAUUUAAUCGACUCUUUGAUGAACUGCGAUUUAUUCGAUGGAAAAUGGUUGAAGGAUGAUUCAUAUCCACUUUAUAAACCUGGGUCCUGUUCGUUCAUUGAUGAGCAGUUUAGUUGCGUUGCCAAUGGAAGGCCUGAUAGAGAUUAUCAGAAACUGAAAUGGAAGCCUAAAGGCUGCACUUUACCAAGAUUGAAUGGUGGUCACAUGUUAGAGUUAUUGAGGGGUAAGAGGCUUGUUUUUGUCGGGGAUUCUUUAAAUAGGAAUAUGUGGGAAUCUCUAGUUUGCAUUCUGAGAAAUGCUGCAAAAAAGCCCGAAAAUGUUUAUGAAGCACAUGGAAGACAUUAUUUUCGAGGGGAAGCUUCGUAUUCUUUCAUAUUCAAAGAUUAUAAUUUCACUAUAGAGUUCUUCGUAUCUCCGUUCUUGGUCCGAGAAUGGGAAAUGCCAGACAAAACUGGAGCAAAGAAGGAGACAUUGCGGCUUGAUCUUGUUGGAAAAUCAUCAGAUCAAUAUAAAUCGGCAGAUAUCCUUAUCUUCAAUACAGGUCAUUGGUGGACUCAUGAGAAAACUUCCAAAGGGAAAGAUUAUUACCAGGAAGGUAGCCAUGUUUAUAAUGAAUUGAAUGUUCUCGAGGCCUUUCGGAAAGCUUUGACAACCUGGGCUAGAUGGGUUGAUGCUAGUGUAAAUCCUAUGAAGACUAUGGUGUUCUUUAGGGGUUAUUCCGCAUCGCAUUUCAGUGGCGGACAGUGGAAUUCUGGAGGAGCAUGUGAUAGCGAAACUAGGCCGAUCAAGAACGAAACAUAUCUUAAACCAUAUCCACCAAAGAUGUUGGUGUUAGAAUCAGUGCUGAAGGGGAUGAAAACGCACGUCACCUACCUAAAUAUCACCCGGCUGACCGAUUUCAGAAAGGAUGGCCACCCAUCUAUCUACCGGAAACACCUGAAGCAAACAUUACCGGAAGACGAAAGAGUAGCACCACUAAAAUACCAGGACUGCAGCCAUUGGUGCCUUCCCGGUGUGCCGGAUUCGUGGAACGAGCUUUUAUAUGCUGAGCUGCUUGUAAAAGAAAACAAAAUGCGGCAACAUCAAAGAAGAGCUAGGUAAAAUGAACACCAUACAAACUUAAAAAGAGUUUUAUUUCAUUGUGAAAUUGUAGAAACAAAAGAAAUGGGAAAAGAAAAAGAUGUACGAGAAAAUCAUAGUUCUUAAUUUUUUAUUUUUUCCCACUACUUCUAAAUUAUGGAAGUAAGGUAGUAAAGGCAAAGCUCUAUUCUUGGAGAGAUCAAUUUUAUGCUUGUAAUAAUUGUUACUUUGUUUAUAGUAUAAUAUGAAGUAUAGAGGAUGGUUUUCUUAGCCUCAAAUUUGCUUUGAGGGUUGUAAA